AUGGCUCCAGUACCUGUUGACUUGACCAAAAUUGAUUAUAGAGCCCUUCUCAGACACCAUGUUCCAGGAUCAGGACCUUUUCUGGGUACGAGAUAUCAACGUGGUGGAAAUAUGAGAGGUGCUGGCCUUGGUGGUAUUUUGACUGCUGCUCUUUCGUUGAUUCCGAGAUUUCUAAGCUCUGCCGCGGGACAGCAUCUAGUGGGAGCCACAAAGUCUUUGGCUUCUGAAAUUGCUAGUGGUAAUGAUUUGAAAUCAAGUCUUAAAUCCGUUGCAAAACAGAAACUAAAAGAGUUUAGUGGUUCCGGAAAGAGACGUCGUAGAAAAAGUAUAAAAGGACCAAGUAUUGCCGUAUUGAAACCUCAUUUGGUAGAGUCUCGUACCAACUUUCUUUAA